UCCACUUCCUGCGCGGCGGCAAAGCGUGUUCUGGUUUGAGAAGCGCUAACGUUUUUGUGACGAAAAGAAGUCAAACAUCAGAUUAAGAACGCACGAUACGUCUUUAAAUUAAACAAAAAAAUGAGUUUACCUCUCAACCCAAAGCCUUUCCUGAACGGCCUGACAGGAAAGCCAGUGAUGGUGAAGCUGAAGUGGGGUAUGGAGUAUAAAGGCUACCUGGUGUCUGUGGAUGGAUACAUGAAUAUGCAGCUGGCAAACACAGAAGAGUAUGUGGAUGGAGCAUUGGCGGGUCAUCUUGGUGAAGUGCUUAUCAGGUGCAAUAACGUUUUGUACAUCAGAGGUGUAGAAGAAGAAGAGGAGGACGGAGAAAUGAGGGAGUGAUGUCGGUGUCUGAGUGUGACUGUACCUCGUAGCUGAGUUAACGUGUGUUUGUGUUUUCACCAUGUGAAACAAAUGAAUGUUUGGGGGUUUUUUUUUUUGUUGUUAUUUUUCAAGCA